AUGCUGCCCACCAUGACCCUGCCCAGCAUGUCCUGGAUGCUGCUCUCCUGCCUCAUGCUCCUAACUCAGGUUCAAGGUGAAGAUUCCAAAAAGGAAGUUAUCACCCCAAGGGCCAACUGUCCCCAAGGCUCCUAUGCUUUUCGCUCCUUCUGCUAUGCCUUCUUUAGGACACCAAAAUCUUGGAAUGAUGCAAGUAUUGCCUGCCAGAAACGGUCUUCAGGAUUCCUUGCGUCUGUGCUCAGUGGGGCUGAGGCGUCCUUCGUGGCCUCUGUGGUCAAGAAUGAUUUGAACGCCUUCUCGUACGUCUGGAUUGGGCUCCAUGAUCCCACACAGGGCUAUGAGCCCAAUGCAGGUGGAUGGGAGUGGAGUAACAAUGAUGUGAUGAAUUACUAUGCCUGGGAGAGACAGCCCCCAUCCACCUCAAAUGCUGGCUACUGUGGGAGCUUGUCACGAAACUCAGGAUAUCUGUCAUGGAGAGAUUAUAACUGUCAUGAGAAGUUACCCUAUGUCUGCAAGUUCAAGGUUUAG